CGAAUUGUUUGCUAUAAAGAUGAAUACGUUAGCGUGAACCGUAAGCUAUAGUAACAGUAACCUACUUCAAGAGGUUUUACGUAAAUACGCCAUGCUCUGUGAUAGGGCUCCAGUUAUUUUAGUGUCUAGAUACUGUGGAAGAACACACGUCGCAUAAAGUCCUUUUUAUGUCUGUGAAAUGUUUAGAAAACUAGCCCUAGGUCAAGUCUGUCAUCAAUAUGCAAAACCUUAAAUACACCCAUACCUCUAUUGUGACAGCUUUUUCCCCUAGGUUUAUUUAUGGUAGGAAUAACGUUGGAGCACUGUUGGUCUGUUGACAACUGUUUACAUUUCCCCCAAGGCCCUGGACAACUCAUAAAUAUGAGAAGGCGAAGGCCGAAAAAAUGAACAAUAAGGGCCAAGAGGAAUAUGAGGAUGACUUUGAAAAGGACCUGGACUGGUUGAUCAGCGAGGAGGGCAAGAGUGUGGACCAGGACGGUGAAUAUGAGGACAUUGAAGCACAAAUAGACAAGGAACUAGAGGAGGAUGAGGAGGCAGUGCUGAAGAAGCACAAGGGGAGGUUGACUGUUGACAAUGCAGUGAGUGAUCCACAGGAGGACGAGGAGAGGUGGCCCACCCCCCUGGAGCCCCUGGAGGGACUCCCCGAACCAGACGCCGAAGAGGCCUCCAAGCUGCCUCCUCCUCCUCCGCUCCCGGAUGCCGAAAUGGACGAGGAGAAGAAGUACAUCCUGGAGAAGAUCCAGCAGGCCAACCGGGAGCUGCAGGACCAGGAGGCGCCGGACCUGACCCGGCGCCGGCGCCUGCAGUUCAAGGACACGCUUGUGGACCUGGUGGUGCCGGCCGUGGAUUACGGUUCUGACGGCCCCUCUCAGGACACGGGGGCAGAGCAGGAGGCCACCGCAGCAGCCAGGGACCUGGAGGGGGAAGUCUCGGGGAAGAUGCUGCAGCUGAAGAUAUCACCGCAAGACGAGGGCUCAGGUGCACUCAGGAGCAACGGGCAGGAGGAGACGAGCAGAGAGGGCCGGGUGUUAGUGGAGAAGGACGGCAAGUUUGACCUGGUCAGUCUGAAGGAGGUGGAGGGCCUCGGCUUGUUGCCCCCUCUCUCCUGCCCCAGCGGCGAUAACCUCCCCUUCCAAAUCUCCCCUCGGAAGACCAGCCCGGCCCUCGCUCACGCUAAAAGUCCUACCUCCUCCCCGAGGCCGAGCUCAGUCUUCUCUCUUUCGCUCGGAGCGGAACACCUCCACACCCCUAAGCCGCCGCCUAAGCCAAGGAACCGGCCCAAUUCGGCCAGUCACAGUCUGAGACGAGUCAGCAAAGAGGGCACCAAGCGCAGGGUGCAGUCGGCUAGUAGUGCCCCCCCUCAUGCCACCUUCACCCUCACCCCACAGCAGAAAGAGCACCUGCUCCGACUGCAGCAGAAGAAGGAGAGGCUCACCAAAGAGGAGGAGCAGCGCAGACGUGAGGAGGAGGAGCAGAAAAAGCAGGAGAAUGAGCUGGCUUUCCAGGCGUGGCUCGUGAGAAAGAGGGAGCAACUGAAUGAGGAUCGUCGGCUCCAAAGGGCACAGGAAAUGGAGAGAAUGAAUGGCACAAGGGACCCCAGUGAUCCACAGGAGGCCUUCAAACAGUGGCUGCAGCGCAAACAGGAGCAGCAGGAACGGGAGCGGCAGCUGGAGGAGAUGAAGAAGAUGGAGCUGGAGGGACACUACUACCUCCACGACCGCGAGCGGAGUGAGAAAGCCUUCAAACAGUGGCUGAAACGCAAGCGGGCGGAGAAGAGAGCGGAGCAGCAGGCGGCUCGAGAGCGAUCCCGCAGGAUGGUGCUGGAAGAGCGGCGCGCCCGCCGCAUGCAGGACAUCCUCUGCACGGUGAACGAGGCCAAGGCCUUCCGCUUCGCCGACCCCUACAGCUACCACUUCUAAACGUCCCUCAGCGCCAAGCAUCCCAGUCAUUCCCCACGAAGGGUUCAAGGACAUACCUCAACAUACCUCAGGAGCUGACAGCCCAGCUGUUUCAGACCGGCAUCUCAUUCUCACUCUUCCUCUGAAUCCGCUCAGAGAAGGCUGCACACGUGUGGCGGUUGUUUCGUGGGACACAUACUCUGCUGAAGUGAUUUUGCAUUAGAGAUGAAGGGAAUGUAGUUUGAUUUGUUUCUGUUUGUUUUGCACAUACCGGACUGGAGGCACUGGGUUUGUUGUUUUUCCAGACUGCUCUCAGUCUGGCUGGACAACCAUGCUGCUUUAAUCAUUAUUAAUUAUUCAUGGUAAGCCCAGUCGUCUGUUAUUAAUUACAAAUCAAGCACUGGUAUGGGAUGGAAAGUACUCUCACCCAUGCAAAGCAGUGGUGACAUUGUGCCUCUUUGUUUCACCCAACAGAAAAUGCCUUUCACACUGAAGUGAUUCAUCUCCUCACAGAUCAAUGCAGUUCUGGGGAUAGUGUAGUCUAACGUAGAGUAGAAUGUGUAAUCAUAAAGUCAGUCUUCCUCCCCAUAGCAUGCCCUUCUCAGGUGGCCUCCCACUUUUGGACAGUACCGGCCCAGAUGUGGCCCAGUCCCUGCACAGAUUCGGGCCAGAUCAGAGCCUGAUGCCUGAGCCUGUAUAUGGCAUCCUGUUGGGACAAGGAGAGGAUUAAAUUGACCACAUAUUUUGUACCUCAUAUAGCCCUAUGGCAAAUAUCUUAUGAUACUGUAAAAUAAAGACAUUCGUGUUUUCA